GACGCCCAAGCAACGAAGUUGGAAUGGCCCAUAAAUCAUUGUCGCCUUUGUUUGCAGGACCGUAGCUUGUAUUCCGCAGCCAUGAGUCAAAUCCCAUCAUUCCCCUGGAGGAUACCGGAAUUAUAGUUGAGGUCAAUGAAUCUUGAUUGCCAAUGCCAAUACCGAAGACAAGUGUAUCAGCGCGCAACGUUGGUCGUAUUCCGAGCGGACGCUCAGGGGGGAUCAUAGAAUGAUCCGAUUCACGUAGGUUUCCGCGCUAGAAGCCCAGCCACACGUGUUUGAGGCGCAAAGUCUGAUCAGAAAUAUCAACACAUGCCACCCCUGUCACCCAAAAAGGGAAGCCGCAAGUUUCAGCCAGACAUCGGAGGAAUGACUCCAGAUUUGGAUUAUCAAACCACAGGAGCAGCAGGUGUCUCUCAAAGUAAAAGGACAUUAAUUUUGUACAUGCUACCUUGGAGUUUCUCAACGCCACCGGAAAGGAAUGGUGCUCGAUAUUCCGGAUGUGACUCAGAAGUCACCUUGAACAUGAGGUGGAAUAACUGCGCCCGCGGAAUGACUGGCGUGCAUUGGGAUCUUUACAUAAAACGGGAAGAUGCCGGUCCACCCAACUGCUCAGGAGCACCAAAGAUCGUCACUGAUGCUAAAUUACCGUGUGGUUGCAGAACGGAAAAAUUCUGGCAAAAAAAACCUACGGAUCCAAUUGCCCGUAGCUUCAUCCGGAAGCUUCAGGACCCACUGAUGCUCAAAAGCCGUUGCAUGCCAUUCCGGUGGAGGCGCGACCGUAGCUCAGUGUCCUCUGGCGGCCAUCAUCAGACAUCAAGUCCGACGUCCUUCCCAUCCACGUGAUUACGGCAACCGCAAGGACCUGUCCGUGACCACUGGGUCAGAGAAGACAAAGAAAGUGAGACAGGAGACCAUGGAGACUAGAAGAAAGCUUGACAAGUCGCAGUCACCCAGCCGGUGAGGAUGUCGCUGGAAUAUAUCAUUUCAUCAGAUCACGUGCGCACACUGAGUAACUGU